ACACAACCAGGAGACCCAUUUUUCCGGGACCGGCCCCGAGCCGGUCGGCUGACCGCUCGGCACCCCGCCCCCAAUUGACUUGGACUCCUCCCUCGAGCCUGGUCACUUUUCGGCAAACUUUCCCCCCCCCCCCCGCCGCCCCAUCCAAACACCAACCCAUCAUGUGGCGCCAGGCUUCCAAGUACCGCCAUGCGGUUCCCACUCCCGGCAAGCCCGAGGCUUCCUUCACCGACCUCACGCUGAGCGAUCUGUCCGGUUCUGGUGUCGGCAUUUCCGAGGCGUCUCAUGGUAUUGCCGCCAGCACGGCAUGGAUCGCGCUGCCGGUUGGUUCGCGCGGGGAUUCCUUCGGGGUCCUGCCGUUGGAUCGCCCCGGCCGGGCGGCCGAUGUCAUGGUCACCCUGCCGAGCGCGCACGGUGGCCAGGCUCUGACCGAUUUGGCUUUCUCCCCCUUCGAUUCGAACGAGCUGUGCACCAGUGCCGCCGACGGCACCGUGCGCCUGUGGCGCGUGACUGACAACGGCCCGGAUGCCCCCUCGGUCGGUCUCGUCACCGAGCUGCUUGGUGCUUGUGGCGGGUCCGGCAAGCCGGUCGAGGUGGUUCGGUACAACCCCACCGCCAAGGGGAUCCUGGCCGCGGCCGGUGGCUUUGGCUCGGUGGCCAUCUUCGACGUGUCGACCGCCGAUGGGGCCGGCGUCUUUGCCCCCUCCAUGCGCCUGGCUCACAAGGAUGCCACCUCGGUGAAUGCCCUCUCUUGGGACUAUGCUGGCUCGCGCCUGGCCACCACGUCGACUGGCACCGGCACCGGCGGCCAGCUGAACGUCAUUGACCCGCGCACCGCCGGCAGCUUCGAGUCCACCAACUGCCACAUGGGCCCCGGCAAGCAGAUGGUCGAAUGGCUGGGCACGCACAUUGCCGGUGGCCAUGGCCUUCUGACCACCGGUCGCGGUCGCCAGCGCGAGUCUGAGAUCGCCCUUUGGGACGCGCGCUCCCUCGGCGGUCCGCUCACUCGGCAGGUUCUGGAUUCCUCCGGUGGCCGUGGUGCGGUUUUGCCCCUGUUCGAUCCCGACACCGGGAUGCUCCUGCUGGCCGGCAAGGGCGAUCAGAUGACCCGCUGGUAUGAGCUGGUCGAUCGCCAGAAUGAUUGGUUCUCGUGGGCCGGCGCGCCGUCCCUGGCGCAGGAGCCCCAGCGGUCGGCCACCCUGGUGCCGAAGGCCGCCAUGAAUGUCAUGACUGGCGAGGUGGUUCGCAUGCUGCGCGUCACCUCCAAGGGCAUGUCCCAUGGUGCGAUUGUGCCGCUUUCCUUCACCGUCCCGCGCAAGUCCUACGCCGACUUCCAUGAGGACAUCUUCCCGGAGACUCGCGGUCAGACCCCCGGCGGGUCUGCGGCGCAGUGGCUGGCCGGUGCCGACACCUCGGCCGUCCCACUGGUGUCCCUGGACCCGGCCCGUCGUGCUCAGGCGGCCCCCACCUCUGACGGCACGGUCGCCGCCGCCGACGCCGCCGAGGCUACGGCCCCUACUUCGCCGGCGUCGGCUGGCGCUGCCGGCCCUGCUGCUGUCUCCACCUCUCAGGAGGUGGCCCCGGCUCAGGAGGAGGCCGAGGAGGAGGCCGAGGCCUGCUAUUCGCCGACGGCUGCCGCCGCGGCCGCCGCGGUGCGUUUCUCCCGGCCCGCCGGCCUGCGCUUCACCGCCGGGCGUGUGAUGACCGAGGCCUCCGUCGCCACGUACACCCACAUGCGCGAUGUGGCCAUCCGCUUGACCGGCGAGACGGACGCCCUCUUCAGCUCGGAGGACUUCCUGGCCUUCCCGCUCUCGCGGCCCGGUGGCCAGGUGGCCGUCCUGCCGACCCAGGCCAAUGGCGCGAUCAACGGCCGCCAGGCCGAGGUCCUUUCGUCGCUGCUGAACAAGGCUGACGUCCUGGACAUGGCCUUCGACCCGGCCUCGCCGUCGACCCUGGUGUGCGCCUGCGAGGAUGCCACCAUCCGUGUCUGGCACAUCCCGACCGGCGGUCUGCCGUCUCCUGCUGAGGCGGAGAAGAUUGAGCCCGCCUUCAUCCUGCGCGGCCACCACCAUCGCGUGAGCUUGGUCCGCUUCAGCGACAGCGUGCGUGGCCUGCUGGCCUCGGCCAGCCCCGAGGGCGACGGCUCGCCCUCGGUCCGUCUCUGGGACGUGGUGACCGGCACUCCGGUGACCGGGCCCAAUGGCAAGCCGCUGAUCAUCACCGGCUUCAAGGAUGCCAUUUUCGAUGUGGCCUUCAGCUCGGAUGGCCUGCGUCUGGCGGUCACCUCGCGCGACAAGGUUCUGCGCGUGUUCGACGCUCGCACGGGUGCCCUGCUCAAUGAGGGCCCUCUCUUCGAUGGGGUUCGCGGCUCGCGCGUCUUCUGGCUGCGUGACACUGGCUACCUGGUGGCCAUUGGUUCGGACCGUGCCAGCAACCGCCAGCUGCGUGUCUAUGACUCGGCCAACCUGUCCAAGCAUGUGGCCAGCCAGACACUCGACUGCUCCCCCUCGGUGCUUGUCCCGCAUCUGGACCAGGACACCGGAUGCCUGUUCCUGGCCAGCCGCGGUGAUGCGGCCAUUCACAUUCUGGAGGUCCUGCCGACGGCGCCGUUCGUCCAGUACCACAGCCGCUUCGAUGUGCCGGACGCCGCGCCGCUCAAUGGGUUCUCCUUCCAUCGGAAGGCGGCGUGCCGCGUGCGCGAUCUCGAAAUCGCCCGGUGCUAUCGCCUGGCUCGGCCGGUCACUUCCCUGGCGCAGACCCACCAAUUUGCCGUGAUUGAUCAGCUGUCCUUCACCGUGCCGCGCAGCCGGCCGGAGUUCUUCCAGGACGACCUGUUCCCGGCCACUCGCGAUCGGAGCAAGCCCAUCUGGUCGAGCAUCGGCGCCUGGCUGGCACACCGUGGCCCGGCUCCGGCUCCGGCCGUGGUGGACCUCUGCCCGGCUGGCAUGGUCCGGCUGAGUGUCGCCCCGCCGGUGGUCCAGGCCAAGCCGAAGUACUUCAGUCGCGCCGUGGCCCAGGAGAGCGAGACCGAGCGCAGUGGCCGGGUGCUGAACGACAUGUUCGCCAACAUCCGUGCGGCUCUGGAGGAUGACCCGACCAAGCUGUCGGCCGCCUCGCAGGGCGCUCGUCAGGAGGACACCAAUGUCGUGUCCGACAGCGAGUGGGACGACUGAUCGCGCCAGGCCACUGGCCGGUCGGCCGGCAUGGUGGGGGGGGGGGGGGGGGGUGGGAGGCAUCAUGGCGCACUGUGCUGGCCAAGGGAUGACCGGGGAGUGUCCACUGUCCUCUCACUCGCUCGCUCGCUGUUUGUCCCCUUCGUCUGCCUCCUGCUGCCACCUCGCAACAUAUUUCUCCCUGGCAAUUGGAUGCUGUCGAAAAGAAUGAAAGGAACAUACUGCGAGGUCGGCCGCGCCCUGUCCGUGCGAUGUUGUGCCCCCCUGUGGUGGGUGCACCCUCUGCUGGGGAGAUUCCACCUCCCGGGUUCCCAUGCUGCGCUCCCCCCCCCCUCCCCCCUUCCAUGAGCAGCCCUGUGUCGCCCCCUACCCCGGAAUACGACGCAUGUGUCCUUC